CGCCGCUGAGAGUGGACGUCUCUUUAGUGCUUCAACUUUGUUACGUCAUUGUAAACGUAUCGAGUGAUUUUAGUGUUAUGGUGUUUCGAUGAUUUGAAAUGGUUCGACGUAAGGAAGCAAAGUAUGCUUUUACGCAUAUAUGCAUCUUAUUUAUGUCGUUGUUCGCUUGUUUUAACGGACUGCACGCAGUGAAAAUAGUUAAAGUGGUAGUGCCCGAAAUAAUUCAAUAUGGUGUGCAAGACGCGGUGAUAUUAGACUGUGAUUACACAUACGGUAACGACACAUCAGGUCUGAUGGUCAAAUGGUUCUUUAAGAACAAGGCUCGGCCUGUAUACCAAUGGAUUGCCAGCCAGAAGCCACAGGAUAUGGGCAUCUUACGGGGCCGAGUGGACCUCUCGUAUCGGGCUUCAAAUGAUCCUCUAAAGAUGCAUAGAGCGUUGAGGAUAGUGAAACCAAAUACAGAUAUAUCUGGGGACUACACGUGUGUGGUCUCUACCUUCAUGGAGGAGGAGUCUAGGACGAAACAAAUGAUUGUUUUCGUGCCAGAGACGAAUUUCCGUCUCAUACAAAACAAGACUGACGAUGACACCGUGAAUGUCAUCUGCGCGGCGGACGGUGCCUUCCCCGCGCCGAACCUCACGCUCGCGACGCCAGAGAGGCGUUUAGACGGCGUAGCUCACCGGUUAAAACUGGUGAACGGCAGAUACUCCGCCGUCGCUUCCGUGACGUUACUGGACGCAGACCUGCCUUCUCCUGCUGAGUUCAUCUGUACCUUGAGGAUACCGCAGGCGAAGUAUGCGGUUAGGAAAGAAGCUAUUUAUUAUCCAGGUCCCAUAAGUACAACGCCAGAAAUGCCAACCGCAGCUGACAUGCAGUUAGCGGCAGCCGUCGGUUCUAGAGGUUCGACCAUCUAUUCAGCUUUGUCGAUCAUAUUCAUGCCUGUCAUUGCACAGAUCUGUUUAUCAUAGACCAGACGCCGUUCAAGAGGUUUUUCGCAGCUGAGGUUUCGAUCUCUAGCCAUUUCCAAAGGCGGUGUCUAAAAUUAAAUGUAUUUAGAUAAUUCACAAACUUAUUGAUGUAUAAAUUUUCGUUACAAUAUAGUGGAAAUCGCAAUUUAUGUUUGUAAUAUACUUUUUAGGUGUAUUUAGUGUUUCUUUAUAGAUAAAUGUUUCACCAAAGGAAUUUAUUGUUUUAAAUGUUUAGUAGAUAUGACGAGGAUGUUCAAUUUAGAUAAUUAUUAGAAGCUGUUUAAAGGGUUCCAUAACAAAAUGUAUAAGUAGUAUUCAAAUGUUCAUGUUUAAGUGAAUUUUAUAAUAAACUAGCUUUCAACCCCCGGCUUCGCCCGCGCAGUCAAAUAAAAACCCGCAUAGUUCCCGUUCCUGUGGGAUUUCCGGGAUAAA